AUGAGUUCAUCAGACCUGCUGAAAAAAGAUGAUCGUUUCAAUUUAACAUUAGAUGCAGAUAAUGUCGGUAUGCUCCGACCUGGUACUGUACUACAACUGAUCGACUGUCGACUGUGUCGUCUAGUGCAUAAAGAAGACCAAACUUCUUCGUAUCGAUUUUCUACACGUCGUUCGAAACCGGUCUCAAUGCUUCAGUGUGCAGUUGUCGGUGGUAAAGCACUAGCUGCCUUAGCUGCUUCAAUUAAAAAUCUAUCUCCUCAGGAUGCUUUGAAUUGGUUCAGUACAGGUCCACGACUGGUCUAUUUAUCUUUAGCAUCAAAGUCUAUUGUUUGCAGUCCCGUGAACAUAUCAUCUUCGGUAAGUGUAAAUAGUAAUAAGUGUUCUAGUCAUGCUAAGUUAUCAGGACAUGAAACAGAUAACAGCAUUUCCGAUAAUGGUGUUCACAGUAUUUUAUCAUUGUUAAGCACUUAUCGAUUGCCUAUAGUUACACGUCCUGUAGUGGGAUUACGCUCCAGUGAAUGGUUUUUUAUGGGGAGACUUACCAAUCACUCGUUAAUAUCGAAUUCAGACUCUGUAAAUUUGCAUUCAUUACUACAGAUAUUUUCUUGUCAUCAUGGUGAUCUUAUAUUUCUGGAACCGUUGUCUGACUGUAGUGGAUCUGUUUAUCAAGCGGAUUCUUCAAAUGUAUCUGGUAAAAGUCGAUUUUUUGUCGUCACUACAGAUAUGCUACUUCAGCAUAAUUUUCUAGUUGCAGAUUCACAAACAUGUGAAACUUAUAGUCGUGAACUUGAGACACAUGCUUUUAGAGUUUCACAUUUCUUAGCCGCUUGUCAUCCUGUUCAAGGUUUAACGUAUAUUUUAAAGCAUUUAGAGGAUAUUAGUCAUUCAUCGAACACUGGACCAUCACAUAUUCCAUUGACUAGAACUCUUGGACCAAUCACAAAUCGAUUUAGUACUAUUGCUAUCCAAUCAGCUGUUACUAGUAUAGCAGCAAUUGCAUCAUUAGGUAUGCAUGAAGAAUACAAUGAUAUUCCAAAUGAUCCAUGUCAAUUAAAUGAAAUCCAACCAAAAGUAUUAAAUCAUUUAGCUUUGAAUUAUACUAAUUAUGUUGGCAAUAAUACAAAUUCAUUAUUAUUAUUAUCCUCAUCAAUUGAUAAUAAUGAUUUUUAUCAUUCAACAAAUUGUUUAAAUACACAUUCUAGUCUUUCAUCAUCAUUAUUUACUAGUGAAACAGAUGAGAUGAAUGCAUUAUGCGAUGAAAUUGAAGAUAUUUACUUUUAUGUACGUAAUGGACACUUUCCUAUGCAUUCACAUUCUUUAUCUUCAUUAUUAACACAUCAGCAUGUAGAGAAAGAUUUCAAUGUGAUCAAUACAUCUGCACCUAUUUCACCAUAUUUUAAUAAAUUAUCUACUAAUCAGUUUAUUUCAAAUAAAAUAUUCAAUGAUAAAUCAUUGACAAUUGAACAGACAAUAAAAGAUCAGAAUAAUAUUAAAAAUGCUGAUAAGUAUAAAAAUGUACAGAAUCAUUGUAAUGUGAAUAGUAAGUUUCCAGUGAAAAUUACAAGUAAAGCGCCUAUCUUAUUGAUUCGUCCAAAACUUUAUGAAACUGGUAGUGAAGAGAUUAAACAACAAUUGACCUCUACAUCUAUACCAUCGAAUCAACAAAAUGUUUGGAAUUCUACUCAACAGUUAAGUUAUUCCAGUGUACAUGAAGUAAAUAAUAUCAGUAAUAAUUUUCAUUUGGGUGAUUCAAAUCUUAUACAAAGAAGACCAUGGCAACCACUGACCAAUCGAAGAUCAUCUGGUAUCGUGCAUGUAGUUAAGCCUAUACAAACUGUAGAUAAUAAACCAAAAGUCUUUCUGAAUACUUCUACUACUACUAACAAUAAUAAUAAUAACAAUCACAGCAGUAGUGUUGAUAAUCCAACAACAUUUCCUUUAGUUCCUUUAACUAAUACCUGCAAUUAUCCUGCUUCCGUUAGUGUUUCUAGUCCUUUUAUAGCGCCUUGUGAACGUGGAGCCAUGCGUUUAUCGAUGACAGCACCAACAACUCCUGGAUGUCAAUCAAUGCAAAACACUCCCAGGCAUUACAUCAGUCAUCCUAUUAAUAUUAAUACAUAUACAACUGGUAUCUCACUACAUGAUGCAAGUCAUUGUACCCAACAGCCAGCCUAUUCAACAAAUAAACAACACCCAGCCCCUUUGUUCUACUCUCCUAAUCAACCAGGGGUAACACUGUCCACCAAUAGCCUAAACCAGUCAGACAGGCCGUUGUUCAUGACAACUUCGGUGAAUAUGUCGGAUAAACAAAAUUGUGUGUACCAGAAACAUGUGGAGAAUAAUAAUGUCAUUGUUAAUAAUGGAGAAUAUAUUUAUGAUGAGCCUAGAGAUGAAUGCUGUCAGACACACCAGCGUAAGACUACUUAUAACAAUUACAGUAGUGUGAAUCGGAAUGCAGCAAAUGGUUUGUGGUAUCAUGAUACCAAUCAUGAUAUACCAUCACCGGACCAGAGUAGGCAUCAUUUAAGCUUGUCUGCAUCUCACCUUUAUCCAUGUGUCAAUACAAGUUGUCAAGCAAGCCUACCGAUGUAUGAGAGUGACAUGUCUUUAGGGCAUGUGUAUACAUCAUCUUGCUACCUUGCUAACAAUGCCACCAUUACUACUGUUACUGCUACUAAUAAAUAUGACAAAAAUAAUACUGCCUCCCAUUCAGUGAAUAAUUUGUCGAGCGAAGAAGUGACUACUUCCAUGGUAAAUCGUAUUGAGAUUCUACCAAGAAUGAGUAACUCUUCAAAGAAAACUGCAGCUACCACACCUACUACUAGUAGGGUGAAUAACACUGGGAUAUAUUACUUUCCAUUAAAAACUCAAACAUCCACUUACGUGCCUACCAGUUUCCGUUACCAACCUGUACAGAGUUGUUCACCAAUACAACAACCACCAUCUAUGCCACUUUUAUAUCCAUUACCGUCAGGAGGAACUGGAACACCUGAUCAUGCUUCACGUCUAUACCAAUCCACUAUAGUGUCUCCGUAUAUGGACCAAACCCAAAUAGCUGUGCACAAACAGUCUUACCCUGCUAUGCGAUUGAACAGACAAAUCACUACAGUUACACAUUUGAACUGUGGAAUGCACAAUUCAAUAGCUCCAUCACCGCUACCAUCCAACAUUCUAUUGCAGUCACCGAAACAUAAACGUACUGAGCUGACAAAUUCAUCACCAGAUACAGGAAUCGGUGUAGAGAGUACUUGUGACCAACAGAUUGUAGGUGGAUCUUUUGUGCCUUUCAAUUCAUAUCAUUCAUCUUCUUCGUCGAAUAUGGCUGUUUGGUCAUCAACAGAUCAUAAUUAUCAUCAAUAUUGUCAGGAUAACACUACUACUACUGCUGCUGCUGCCACUACUACUACUGUUAAUACGAGUUGUAUUGAUAGAAAUUCUGAGGAUAGUUCUGUACGACAUCCUACUUCAUGCAGAUCAACGAAAUUUUUUGUACACAAUACUCAUAUAAACAGUUCUAGUAAUAAUAUUAUUACUAGUAAAGAUCACACUAUCAGUAGUAGUAAUCAACCAGUCUAUCGAUUUUAA